UUCAUAGUCGCAGUGGAGCGAGGGAGAGUAGCUACACAGGUGUAUAUCCCAGUCAUAUUCCUGGUGGUAGUCACUAUAUCAAGUUCCCCACUCUCACUGACCAUCUUCCCAUCAGGAGAGAUCCAUUGUAAAGUUGGUUGAGGGUCUGAGUUUGACCCAUCACACAAUAGAUGUAACGUAUUGCCUUCAGUAACCUCUGUUUCC